AUGCCUUCAAGCAAGCCAAAGGCUGGCGAACAUCUCCACGCCGCCUCUCACGGCAGCACCUUCGCGCUCCUGACUCUACUGCCGCUUGCCCCCGCUCGCGGCUCACAGACAGCCUGUCGGACUGACUUCCACUGCCGAACCAAGAACAAUAACAGUCAAAGACCACACAUCUCCGCCCUCCUGGCCACAAGAGAAGAGACCAUCCUGUUCCUUCCUGACGAACCACCGCGAGGCACAAGUGCCCAGCCGUCGGUACCACACACCGACAUCUGCACUCCGUCCAAGGAGAGUAGUAACGAUCCUCCAGUCCCCGUCCCGCUCUCGCACCUCUGUCUCCCCAGACAAGAUAGAAGCCGCACUUACCCGUGCCCGCAUCUCCAAGUAAAGGCUGCCCAGCCUUGUCAGGACUCGAAUAGAUCCCUCGUCCCCAACGAUACCUGCCCUCCGGAAGGCAGCGUCCAUCCUGGUUCCAAGGAAAGAGAAAAAAAAGAAAAGUGCACAACGAUCCCCUGUUGUGGUACUCCGUCUGCCGCUCUGCUGUUUUCCUCCAAGAAUGAAGGAAAGAAGGAAGAGAAUGUCUGCACCCCAUCCAUCUCUUGGAAGGGCCCCAGCCCUUCCUUUAGUAUCUUCGAAGGUGGUAGAAACUGA